AUGUUCUCUCCGAAAUUUGAUGAAAACAAAUUGAAGACGAAUUUACGUAUUUGUGUUGUCAGAAUGAAAAAUCUUUAUUCAAAGAAAAAUGAGCUUAAUGUCCGAGCUCGUCGGGAGUUAGCCGAGUAUCUCAGGAAUAAAAAGAUCGAUCGUGCCCGUAUUCGUGUAGAGCAAAUUGUUCGAGAGGAUUAUUUACUUGAAGUUUUGGAAAUGAUCGAAAUAUAUUGUGAAUUACUUAUCACGCGUAUGAAUCUUAUUACAUCCACUGUGGAAUGCGAUCCUGGUCUUAGGGAAGCGAUUGCCACUAUUAUUUGGUGUGCUCCGCGUCUGUCUUAUGAUUGUCAGGAACUGCUUGUUAUUAAGAAUCAGUUUAUGAUCAAAUACGGAAAGGAGUUUUGCCAAGCCUGCUUGUCAAACUCUAAUCACGAUGUCAACCCCAAGGUUAUGCAAAAGCUCAAUGUUAAGGCACCUCCAGCUAAUUUAUGCGAAGCCUACUUGGUUGAAAUCGCGAAAAGCUAUGAUGUUGAAUUCACACCUGAUGAAAAUCUCCUUCAUAACCAACCCCAGUUGAUAGACCUUGGCGAGCCACCAGAAUUACCCAAUUACAAUUUCCUAAACAACGAUUUUCUCAAUCCUACUCCUAUUGAUAAGGGCGUCCCCUACCCACCUCCAAUUGAUCAUAAAGAUGAUUGCAAUGCAAGAAUCCCCCCUCUUCCUUCUCAAGCUGACUCCAAUUAUAAUGAUUCAUUCAAUCCUGGCGCUCCUCCGCCUUAUCCCAAAAUGGAUUCUCCUUCAUCCAAAAAGGCUGGUGGGAGCAGUAGUCCAAGCAGUGUUGAGGAAGGUGGAAGUAACUACAAGAAUGAUGAACUCCCAACCGCGCCUCCUACUACCAGUGAUGUUGAUUUCGAUGCCCUUGCGGCUCGAUUUAACAACCUACGUCGCCACAACGAAUAA